CCCGCCGCUUCCGGGUCCGCGCACUAAGGCAUCCCCGGUAAUGACCCAAAACCUUCCAAGAUUGGAGAAAAGGACGGGAACAAGGGUCGCACCGGAGAGAGGCUCCAACUAUCGUUUGUUAAGAUAACGGCAUCUUUGCUGUCAGAGGCGUGGGCCGCGGGGAGCUGAGUGUGGAAUUGGGGGCGCUCCCCCCUGUUUAUGGGGAAUAUCACAGAAACAAUGUGUCCUUCUUAGUGCAUCACAUCCAGAAGGCACAUGAAGGAGCAAAGAUGCUGCCCGAGCCUGGGAUCUAUUACUUCCCCUGGGAGGUCAGUGCCGGCCAAGUUCCUGACGGGGACACGCUGAGGACGUUCGGCAGGUUGUACAGCUACGACAUGACGAAGUCCCGAGUGACCCUGAUGGCUCAGCACAGAUCUGACCAGCACCCGAUCCUCGUCUGUACCAAGUUGGUGGAACCGUUCCAAGCCCAGGUGGGCUCCCUCUACAUGGUCCUUGGGGAGCUGGAGCACCAGAAGGAUGGAGGCUGCGUGGUGAAGGCCCGGGUGCUGACUUGUGUGGAAGGAAUGAAUCUCCCCUUGUUAGAACAAGCCAUCCGGAAGCAGAGGCUGUACCAGCGAGAGAGGGACAGCAGCCAGUAGAGAGCAAAACGGCAGCUCCUGGCAAACCCCCCCGACCCCGCCCCGACCCCCGCCCCCCCCCUCCCGCGCUCUAGCUGCGCUGCUGCCGAGAAGAUGCAGGAACUUCCUGGAGAGAAGACGGGAGGGGUUGUUCAUCGGGAUUGCCCCAGAAAUGGGAGCCUAGAGAUCAGAGGCGGGUCUCUGGGGCCCUGGGAGCUGGGCCCCGUGUGGGUCCUGGAGGGUUGCAGAAGGUCCUCGUGAAUAAAGCCAUGUGGUGUGACGGA